AUGCAUUCCGACAAGCCCAGCUCGGGCGGCACCGUCACGCCGCGACUGGUUAUUCAUGGCGGCGCGGGCAACAUUGUCCGGCACGGCUUCCCAGUGGACAAGUAUGAGCAGUACAGAACGUCGCUUCUCAAAAUUGUUACAAGAACGCACGCCUACAUGACCACCCCUAUCUGCGACGCCAAGAACGCCGCCGCCCACGGCUCGCCGUCCAUGUCUGGUCCGCGUCUCCCGUCAGCGCUCGCGGUGGCCACUCACGCCGUUGUGCAGCUCGAGGACGACCCGCUGUUCAACAGCGGCCGCGGGGCCGUCUUCACGCGCGACGGCAUCAACCAGCUCGAGGCGUCCGUCAUGGUCUCGCGGGGCUUCCGGAAGCGCGGGGUCGGCGUCAUGGGCCUGCGGCACGUGCGCAACCCCGUGCGGCUCGCGCGCGCCAUGCUCGAGCACGGCGAGCAGGACCUCGGCGGCCGCGGCGCGGAUGAGCUGGAGCCGUCCCUGUCGUCGCUGCCAUCGCUGGAUGUGCCCUCGGCGCAGGGCCACACGCAAAUCUACGGCGAGGCGGCUGAGCAGCUCGCACGCGCGUAUGGUUGCGCCAUGGUCGAGCCGACCUACUUCUUCACCAAGCAGCGCUGGGACGAGCACGUCCGCGCGCUGGAGAAGGAGCGCCAGGGGCGGUCCGCGGGCGGCACGUGGGCCGCGGACGAGUACUUGCCGCAGGGCACGUGUGGCGCCGUGGCCAUGGACGAGCACGGCGUCGUCUGCGCGGCGACGAGCACUGGCGGCAUGACCAACAAGCUGACGGGCCGCGUCGGCGACACGCCCGUGCCCGGCGCUGGCUUCUGGGCCGAGGAGUGGACGGAGAGCGGCGACCCGACCGCCAUCCCAACGAGGACGCCGUGGGAGCGGCUCGUGCGCUCCGCGCGCGCGCCGAUUGAGCUGACGGGCUCGCUGCGGGGGUUCCUCGCCGACUGCCUGCCCACGCCGUUUCUGUACACACCCGUCGCCUCUCACGGCGCGGCGCUGACCACGACACGGUGCCUGGCUGCCUCGGGCACGGGCAACGGCGACUCGUUUCUGCGCGUGAAUGCCGUUCGCACUGUUGCGGCCAUGGCGCAGUGGAAACCCGAGGCGGCCGCGGAUGCGCUGCGCGCCGUGGUCGGGCCUGGCGGCACGCUGCAGCAGAGCGCGGGCGAUCGCUGGGGCGUCACGGGCGAAGGUGAGGGCGGCAUGAUUGGCAUCGAGGGCGUCGUGACCCGCGACGCGCAGGGAGAAGUGGUCGCGACGCGCGGCGAGAUUUUGAUGAGCUAUAACUGCGGCGGUAUGUACCGCGCGUGGAUCGAUGAUGCGGGCAGGCCGGUGAUGAGCAUCUGGUCGAACACGACGCAUGACGAGAUGCCCGAUAGUGAUCAUUUUGAGUAG